CUGGGAGCUUGUUACAAAUGCAGAUUCGCAGGCCCCCAUCUGGGACUAGCCAAAUAGGAAUCUGCUCUUUAACAGGAUCCCUGAAAUGUGAGCUGGAUUCCGACCUUCUAAAUGCUGCUAUAGGCCAUCAGGUUGGGGUCCCACCUUCAAGCUGGCCUGCAAGGCAUCGCCCCAGAAAAGGCAUAUGGGGGAGAUUUCACGAGGGGAAGCAGAUGGUGUCACAGGGUUGAUGUAAGAGCAAGGGACAUGAAGCUGAGUGGAAAGAAGCCUGUUUUCCUAAUUCUCUGGCUGGUUUUAACUUUGUAGCUUACGGACAAAAAAUGUCGCUGCAAAUUUCCAGACUCUUCUCUCCAUGGAGGUGUCACACUCAUGGUUACAGCAAAUAUCAGCCAAAGACUGAUUUCAGAAAAGCUGGUCUACCCUAACCCAGGUGAGGAGGGCACAGCUGCCCAAAACUUCUCCUGUUUCAUCUACAAUGCGUAUUUCAUGAACUGCACUUGGGCAAAGGGUCAAGCAGCCCCCGAUGAUGUCCAAUAUUUUUUAUAUAUACGAGACUCCAGGAGAAAAAUUGAAAGAGAGUGUCCUCGUUACAUAGACGACUUGAAAAUCCACGUGGGAUGUCACCUCAAAGACCUCUCAGGAUUGACUUUUCAUAAUUAUUUCCUGGUUAAUGGUACCAGUCAAAGAACAGGAAUCCAGUUCUUCGAUUCCAUUUUGUCAUUAAAGGCAAUAGAGAGAUACAGCCCUCCCCACAAUGUCACCGUGCACUGCAACGAAUCGCACUGCCUCAUUCGCUGGGAGAAGCCCAGGACCCUGCAGAGCCUGACCGGCUGGGAGUUCCAGUACCAGCUGGACAUUCAGAGGCAGAGCACCAUGCAACAUAGUGGAAAUCAGCUGAUUGAGGUGUCUGGUGACGCAGAAAAUAAAUACAACUUUCCGAGCCCGGAGCCCAGGGGGAAACAUGCGGUGAGGGUGAGAACCUCAGACUCGCGGAUCCAGCACUGGAGCGCGUGGAGCAGACCCGUGGAGUUCGGCUCCGAGGAAACAGAAGCCAGCCUCGUGCAUGUGUAUGUGCUGGUGGUCCUGGGAACCCUCGCGUGCGCCCUGCUGCUCGGCUGCCUUUUAAAAAGGGUCAUUGGGAAGUACAAGCUGUUUCCACCGAUUCCACGGAUCAAAGAUAAACUGACGGAUAACCAUCAGUCCGACCAGCAGAUGAUCUGGGAGAAGUUCCCACCCAGCGCAGGCAGAGGGGACAAUGAAGAGGUCUUAACCGUGGAGGAAGUGACGGAGGCCCCCACAAGCCCCUGACUUCUCAUGCCCACACCCCCAGACGUUCUGGAAGCCAUUUUUUGUUCUGUUUUGAGCAUUUGUAUAGCUUUCCAUUUUUGUACUUAAAACAGUGAUUUUUGCAAAGAUGCUUGCAUUUGGAGGGGCUGCUCCACAUCCUUGAUCCCGACCCGGUGAUGAGCCCUCUCUGUCCCCUGGGGAGCAGGGGACCUUCCUCACAGAGGGUCGCAUCUGGUCACAGAGCCUCGGCUCUCCCAGUGGGGACACGCUGCUUGUCCACUCCCACCAUCAGCUGCUGUCAGGCAGACGAUGGGUUUGCUAACAAAUGGCCCAAACCCAGUGAUGUGACGCCACACAGAUCUACCAUCUCAUGGCUCGUGGACACACCACCUCCCCAUAUUAGGACCCUUGUGACCAUGUCAGCCCAGCCGAAUAUUCCAGGGUUGUCCAUUUCAAGAUCCUGAACUUUGUCAUUUCUGCAAAUUCCCUUUAGCCUCGUAAGGUCACAUAUUCACAAACUCAUGGGUGAGGACAUGGAGUCGUUGGGGACCUUAUUCUGUCCACACACAGGGUGGUGAGGAAAUGGGCAUCCCUGGGGACCUUAUUCUGUCCCCCACGAGCAGGGGUGAGGACACGGACUAUUUGGGGGUGUCAUUCUGUCCCCCACGAGCAGUAACUGGCCACCAUUCAGACACUGAGCGUGCCAGAGAACAAUAGCCCAGCAGUAUGACAGCUGAUGCCACGGUGCCAGGGGACUUCAGAGGGAAGAGACGUCCCCGGGGCGUGGG